GCGACAAUGAGGUCUCUUACGAGGAGACGGCGUCUCGCUUCGCGUCAGUGAGCACCGUCCGAAGCUCCUUCAGAAAUGUUAGACGUCUCUGAUGUCGUGGGCGACCUGGGAUGGUACCACGCCGCCGUAGGUGCGCUCACUGUGCUCAGGGCCUUCCCGACAUCGUGGACUCUGCUCGUCGUGCCGUUCAUAGUGCCCGACGUUGAACACUGGUGCUCGAAGCCGCAGGUCUCACCGUUCAUGAACUGGACCGAAAGCGAAUGGAAGCAGGCAGCGAUACCCCUGCUGAACGGAUCUCUCGGACUUGAAUAUGACGCCUGUAACGCGUACGCUGUCUUGGAUGAAACGUCUGGACUCCUGGAUGAGAAUACGAUAGAGCCCUGCCAGUCCUGGGCCUUCAACGAGAGUACACCGGGUUCUUCAGCCGUUCCUGAGUGGGAGCUAGUAUGCAGCAAUGACUGGCAGCGGUCAGCUAUGCAAAGCGUCGUCUUCGUGGGUUCCCUGGUUGGAGCCCUCCUCAUUGGACUGCUCUCUGACAGAUUCGGACGACGCUUCAUGUUCUUCGCGUCGACAAUGGCGGUGAUCGUAUUUGGUUCAGCUGCUGCCGGAUCUCCUUCCGUCACAGUAUUCAACGCUCUCCGCUUCUUUUCGUCCAUGUGCAUUGCGGGAAUACAGACCACGUCGGCGGCUCUCUUUACUGAGGUGGUUCACGCACGUCAUCGCAUGCUGUUGAACGUGGGUUUCUCGCUCGGCUUCACGCUACCGACGCUUCUCUUGCCUGGCCUUGCGUAUCUCCUCGCCAGCUGGAAGUACCUGCAAUUAUCAGCUGGGCUCAGUGCCAUCUUUCUGCUGCCCUUCAUGCUUAUAGUCCAGGAGUCGCCGCGCUGGUUGAUAUCGAGGCACAAGGAGAACGAAGCCCGUCGUGCAAUCGAAAAGAUCCUCAAAGUGAACGGACGAGCUAUUCCAGACAUGAAGCCCGUCCUGAAGGAGCUGAUAGAGAAAGCAAAGUAUGACGCGCGGUUGACAUCUGCCGGGCCCACGGAGAUCCUGCGGCAUUCAAGACUGCGCGCGAACAUGGCGUGUCUCUUCGUCAUAUGGUUCUGCGACAACUUCUUCAUGUACGCCACUGCACUGUCGUCCGUGGACAUUGGAGGGAGCCCGUUCAUCAACUUUGCUCUGUCCGCGGCCGCAGAAAUACCAGCUGGCCUUCUGAGCUUCCCUGUGGUUCGCUACCUCAUGCGGCGACGCUCCCAAAGCGUCUUCCUACUCUUGGCAGGCGUUGCAGCCAUCGCGACGUCUCUCUUGCCCCUUGAUGACUUCUGGCUCCGCCUAUCCCUCAACAUGACCUGUCGUUUCAUCCUCGUCAUCUCGGCGGCCGUCAAGUGGGUCUAUACCAUGGAAAUAUUUCCAACAGCGGCCAGGGGCUUCGGCUUCUCUUGCUGCUUCACUAUGGGACGAAUCGGCGGAAUCGUUGCGCCAUUCAUGCGAGAUCUGGGCAAGCAUGUCCACUUCACGGCCCCAUCCAUAGCUAUGGGAGCAGCCGGAGUGAUUGGAGCAAUGUGUGCCUGCUUUCUUCCGGAGACUCAAGGUGUCGCCCUUCCGGAUACUUUUGAAGAAGCUGACGCCCUAGGCAGAAAUCGAAGCGCAAGAUACAACAUCGAGCUCAACGACAACGAUGCGAAAAUUGAAAACUUGAAAACAGAUGCUGUGUAAGCGAAAUGUUGUGCUCCCUAUAUGACUGCUUAUAUGAGCCGAGCCCUGACCUCCUGCGUUGAUAACGACCUUAAACUUGUUGCAUUUCAGCCACUCUUCUUGUUGUGACUUGUCUUUUAAAUAUGUGCCUUGUAAUGGAAUAAAUCGUAAGCCGACA